AGAAAAAACACGCAAUACCAUUAUGCAGAAAUAAAAAAUUCCUGAAUUUUCCCCAAUCGUCAAAUUCCCAAUUCCUUUUCCAUCCAAAUAGCAAUUAAACACCUUCGAGUGUAAAUUCCUCUCCAAAAUUUUCCUCCCGCCGGGAGCAUUUCUUUCCCUCUUUUUUUCGGCAACUGAUCGGAGAUGGUUUCACCGGAGAAUACCAACUGGCUUUAUGAUUAUGGGUUCGAAGAGAGUGCUGUCCCUGAUUCGAAUUUCUCAGCUACGGCAUCUGGGUUUAAUUGGCCCAUGCAAAACUUGAAUGGUUCAAGAAAUGUUAGUGCUGAAGUUGAUGGAUCCAUUGGUGAAUCAGACUACCCAAAGGAAAAUGGUUCUAAGAAACGGGCUAGAGUUGAAUCAUGUGCUCCAACAAGUUCCAAAGCUUGCAGAGAGAAACAGCGGAGAGAUAGGCUAAAUGACAAGUUCACGGAAUUGGGUGCACUCCUUGAGCCUGGCAGGCCCCCCAAAACGGACAAAUCUGCUAUUCUGGUGGAUGCUGUUCGCAUGGUGACCCAGUUACGUGGUGAAGCUCAAAAGCUGAAAGACUCAAAUUUGAAUCUACAAGAAAAGAUAAAGGAGUUAAAGGCCGAGAAAAAUGAGCUUCGAGAUGAGAAGCAAAAGCUUAAGGCUGAAAAGGAGAAGCUAGAGCAACAACUAAAGACUACGAAUGCGCAACCUGGUUUCUUGCCUCCUGCCAUACCUGCUGCUUUUGCCCCUCAUGGUCAAGUUCCAGGAAGCAAGCUGGUGCCGAUCAUGAGUUACCCUGGUGUUGCAAUGUGGCAAUUCAUGCCUCCUGCUGCUGUUGAUACAUCACAGGACCACGUGCUCCGCCCUCCAGUUGCUUAACCAGUGACAGCUAAAGCCUACAAUGGUUGACUUUACUCUCCAGUUAAAUUAUUCGUCUAGUCAAUGGCCUCCGGUUGUAUUAGUUUUUCCUCAAGUUCACUUACUGUGGAUGAUCUUUUGUGACCUUUGAACUUAUAAUGGAUUAAUGUUGGCUUUAUGUGUAAAAUCUAAUAAACUUAACCAGGAACUGACCAGGUCCAAUUUUACUCUGUUA